GUAUAAAUGAAAAAAUUGCUGAAGACAAAUAAAGAUCUAGGCAAUCAAUAUUUAGACUUUACAUAAUUGUUUGAAAAGAAACUCAAACAACCAACAAUAAAUAAUGAUAGCAAGAAGGAAUUAAUUGAAUAAUAUAGACAACGCAAUUUCAAACAUGAACCUUAACCGUUCUAUGAAUCAUCAGAAAUAAUAGUUUAUGGAUCUUUUGAGAAUUCAAACAUAAUGGCUGUGUAAUAAGAAGGCAAUGAAUUGAAUAUAUUGUUAAAUGGAGACACUAAUACAAAUGGAUGUACACAAUGGUUUUAUUUUGGGAUAAUGGUAAAAUAGCCUUAAUAAUUGACAUUUCGAAUUCUGAACAAUCGUAGAGGCAAAUCCCUAUUGAAAGAAUACAACCACAUUCGAGUAUAUGAUAAUAAUAAAUGGAAUUGUGAGACUACUAAAGAAUUGUAUUAUUACAGAACAAAUAUCAAUCAUCCAUUUUAUCAUUCUUCGGAUUCUUCUAUUGCAAAUUUGUAGCAGAAUUUUCCAUUACAUACUUUACAAUUUAAUUAUAAUUUUACCUAAAAUAAAAGCAUAGUGUACUUUGCAUUGACUUUACCAUACACAGUCAGUAAUUUAUAUCAUCUAGUUUAUCAUUCAAGUCUAAAACAUAAGGUAUUAUGUAGCACUUCUUUGGGAUUACCAAUAUUUAAAUUAAAAACUAAACAUAAAAGUAAAGUAUAUUUUUAUAUUGUAAUUUUUAGCUUCUGAAGUAGUGAUCAUAUUGGCACGAUAACAUCCAAGUGAGUCUGUUGGUUCACAUAUUUGUGAAGAGAUAAUUAAAUUAUUAGAUUGUGGUCAUUAAGUUUAAAAUAAAUAUAGAUGUGUAAUAUUUCCUAUGUUAAAUCCGGAUGGUGUGUUUCUAGGUAAUUCUAGGUGUAAUUUUAAUGGAAUCGAUUUGAAUAGGUAAAACCAAUUAUAAUCUUUAUCCAUAGAAAAUGGGAUAUGCCUAAUUAAACUACUGAGCCAGAAAUUUAUAAUGUAGUCAAACAUAUCAAAAAGUAUAAAGUAGCAUUUCUUAUUGAUUUACAUGGACAUUCUAAAAAAUUAUGUUAAUUUCUAUAUGGUUGUGCUACUCAAAUUAAACAUAUUUCAGAUUAUAUGAGAGUUAAAUAAUUUAGCAGAUUAUUACAAUAAGGAUGUGAUCUUUUUAGUUAUAAUGUAAUUUAUUUUUAUUAAAUAUUAGAAUUGUUCAUUUAGUGUUACACCAGAUAGAGUGAGUACUGCUAGAGUUGCUAUGUGGAAAAAGUUUUAAAUUGCUAAUUCAAUGACAAUUGAAACAUCUUUAUAUGGAGUAUCAAAGAAACCUUUCGAAAAAGAAGAGUUUCAACUAUUGGCUCUAAAUAUUUUAAAUGCUCUUUUCAAAUAUGAUGAAUAUUAAUCUGAUCCUCAUUUAUAUGAUGCUUAAGAAAUUAAUUAAGCCAUUAAAUUAAUAAAAAAAGAUGGAAUUGAUGAUAAAGAAUCUGGAUCUGAUUCUGAUGCAGAAUAAGAUAUUAUAGUUACCAGAAAUCCUAGAUUAAAAGUUACUUCUAGAAGAGAUUCAACUCCUUUAAUGGUUAAAAGUAAACCUAAAUAAUAAUCAGAAACACCUAUUCAAUAACCUACACUUUUCUUUAAGAAUGAAUAAACUUAUAGUUUCAAGAAAAUACCUUCAUAUUAAAUGAAAAGAAAAGUGUAAAAUUAUUUAUUUAAUUUAGUUCUCGAAUGAAUUCUUUUCAGAGUCAAAUUAUUGAUGAACCAUUAAAUGCAUAAUUACCUACUAUCUAUAAUAUUCCAAAUAAGUAAUAUAAAGGUACUCUUGAUCUGAUAUAAGCUAUACAAGUUAAAUCGCUUUCUAGAUAAUAGUGA